AUGGGGUUUUGGGUAGAGGAACUGAGGGAGGAGGAAUUGGGUUUGGAGUUUGGGGGAGCAAAAUUCAAGUCAUGGAUUCGUUUAAUUUCUAAGCGAAACGUAUCUGCAAUCAAGGCUAUUCGCGAACCCCCUUCGCGUACUCCGCUGCCCACUCUCCCCAGUACUAUCUUUGAAAUUCGAUCACUUGUUCAUCUUCAAUUGGUUGGAUUGCUUCAAUGUAAAUUGCCUAGUGUUGUAAAGGGGAUAGUUACUCUUCCUAAUCUGAAGAAGCUUGAAUUGGGUGACGUUAUUUGGGACGACUUACAGAAAUUAUGGGCAUUGAUUAGUUCUUGCCCACUUUUGGAAGUUCUGUCUUUAGGAUUACAAUUUUACAAUGAUGGUGUAGUGAAUGUGAAUAUAACAUCUCCCGUGUUGAAGUCUUUGAUUAUUGAUCACCCGAGCGAGGUCAAGUUUGCCAUUGAUACCCCUAUGCUCGAACACCUUGCACUAACUGGUAGGGUUGGGCAUUAUAGCUUUGCCCGAUAUCCAACUAAACUGAUUAAGGCAGAGCUUAAUGUUUAUGUUAAUGGACCUUUUACCGAUAAUGAAUUUAGCAAAAUACUACCGCUAAUUCGAAGGAUUUCUGGUGUCAAGUCUCUUAGCCUGAGCAUUAUGAAUUUCUUCAAGGCUCUUAAUUCCUUGAAGGUUGAUGUUGGUUCGAUAUUCUGUAAUCUAACCCAUCUUAGAUGGACUUGGCCUAGUGUCAAUAACAACUUAGAUGUCCAACAUACACUUCCAGUGUGUUUGUUUAGUAAAAUCAAGAGGCUUGAAUUAUUGAAAAUGAAAGCGAAUGCCAAUAAUUUAAAGAUGUUGGAAUACAUUCUUAGCAAGGCAAUUGUUUUGGAGCGGCUUCAUAUAUCAUCUGGUGAUUAUGCUUAUGGGAUCGGUCAUUCUGGUGAUGUAUCCUAUUUUGUAGGCAAGAAUAAAGACAUACUAUGGUGGGAAUACCAGAUAUAUAACACACUCUUAGCUGCUCCAAAGAGUUCUCUACUCAGUGACAUUGAGUUUGUUGGUACUUACAUCCAUGCAUCGCGUGAUAGGUCUCAAAACGGAUUCAUUGUAACCAUCAACAGUCAGACCACAAGUCCGACAUCAACCAUUCAAUGA